AUGAACUGCGAAAUGCUUGGGUUUACCUUGCUUGGACUUCUGGGGAUCGGCGUUGCCGGCCUUGAUGCUGUGGCCGAGAAGAACUUGGCGACAGCCAAGUUGGACUUGGAGCUUGGCGAAGGGAAGGUCUGGAACACUGCUACUCCUGCAGAGCAGCAGGUUCUCAUGGACAAAGAAGCUGCCCUCUACGCGCCAAAGAUCACGUGUGCCUUUACCCCGAGCAGCGCGGUAGGCUUUGAAGCAACUGGCAAGAGCCAGGCAGACUGCGGAGCCAUCUUCGGGAAGUCCUUCACAGGCAUCGCCACCCACAAAGGCUGGAAGUGCGACUGGGCUGUAGUGGAUGGCAGUGACGGGAAGACCGUCAUCGCUUGGUGUCCCUUCAAGUAUACUUUGGAAGCGACUGGAGAGGUGGUCUCCAGCACUAGCAUGCUCAAGUACGAGUUCGAUGACGCAGGUCUAAUCAUCGGUUAUUUUCAGGAGUUUGACACGUCCAGGUUUGCCAAUGGGAAGAGCCUUUCCUUCUCUGCAGCUGCCCCAUCUGGGAUCGCCUCGUCAGGGGCCAUGAUGCUCAUCGCUGGGACUGUCUUGGGGAGUGCUGCCACCACAGCGUUAUCCUGGGCUCGAUCAAAGCCAGAGCAUCUCCACGAAGGCUAUGGUCCUUGUGACUGA